AUGUCUCUUAGUGAUGCACAAUGCAGCAGUCAGCCACAAGCGCUGAACGAUGAGGCCCUGAGAGCAGCCAUAGAGAGAGACAGUAGUCAAACAUGUUUAGAGCUUGCUGCACACUUCCAGGAAUUAAACAUAUGCUGCAAGAAAGCUUUGAAAGCUCAAAAGCAGCUAGAUCAAACUGCAGAUGAGGAAAAUGAACCUCCAUGGAUUGGGGUUGUUGUUGAUGUGCUAUUAUCUCUCUUAUCAAAUUCCUCUCAUCAUGUGCAUCGACUCAUCAUUUCUGUGUUUCCAUUACUGUGUCCUUUCAUAACAAAAGAAGCUUUGCAAGUAGUUCUAGAUGUUAUCAAUCCACAAAAUCCAAGCCAAGAAGAGAUGGAAAUUGAAUCUGGAGAAGAAAAUGAGGAAAUAGAAUUUGUAUCCGAAAGCAGCAGUGAUGAAGAAGUAAGUAACACUGACAAAGUUGAUGAGGAAUUCAGAGAAAAAGUUAAAAGUGCUCUUGGUUCUGCUGCUGAACCUGAUGGAAGUGAUGUA